GUGUGUGUGUGUGUGUGAGUGAGUGUGUCUGUGUGUAUGUGUGUGUGUAUGUGCGUGUGUAAAAGAGGGGGAGAGGGCACUCGCGUUGGCAUGCUUACGUCGUGCCCCCCCCCCCUUUUCUCUAUUUUACAUAAUAAUACGAUACCACCUUAAUGCUAUGUUCACACCACUUUCUGACAUUGUACUCUUUGGGAUUCAGUGAAAAAUUGAAAAAUGCACCGAGGAAACCCAAGCCUAAACGGACAUUCAUUCAGAUCGAUAGAUAAAUAGCACCUUUGAUAGCACUGCAACAUCUUUUACUUUUACCAUCUGAUUGUCGACAUCAGCUUCAUCUCAUUGGUUCUGCCUUUGUAGGAGCCCAAACUAUGGCAACGUUCAAAACCGUAGAAGAGGCGUGCCAAGUCGUGUCCGGCCAACUUCCUCCCCUUCCUCACAAUGGCCGUCCUGCUGUACUACGAACAAGGGGACAAAAUCUGCCGGAUGUUCUGUCGGAGAGACGAUUGUCCCGAGGAAAAGUUCCGGAGCCGUUACGUGUUGCAGCCGUGCCGGCCGGAGGUUCGCCGUAUACGUCAAGUCGUCCACAAGGGACACUGCGACUGCCCGCUGGUCCAGUGCAAGGACAAGAACAAGAACAAGAAAAAGAAGUGCCCGCCUAUAGCGUUCGCGCCCUGCUCUCCCAAGACAUAACUAGAUCUACAGCAACCUCAGCACAAAUGUUGGCUGCUGCUACUGGGCAAGAGGAUAACGUCGUUAUGUAAUUUUAUCUAGGCAUUAAUUAAUUGUUCAUCAGUCAAACGACAGAGUUAUCCCCCGGCAGAGAGAUGAUGUAACUUUUUGUUUAUAUAUUUGGCAUUUGGUCUAGUGAGCAAAGAUUUUUUUUAAAUAAAAAAAUAUAAU